CCGUGGGGCUCGGGGGCCCAGUGGGAGUUAGUGCGGCCGCCUCCUUGUGCCGCGCUGCUCCCCGCGGUCAAGAGGAGGCGGGGAGAGGGACGGUGGGUUACUGGUUCCUCGGCGUGCCCGUGCAGAAGGCGUCUCCAUCCCCUCCCCUCCCCUCCUUCUCUCACCCCGCUUCCCCGUGAUGGGGGAUAGACCGAACUAUCCCCCCUCCGCACCUCGUCGGGGUCUUACACGUGCGGUCGAGGGAGCUGGAAGAGAGCACCUGGACUCGAGUCAGUCUGAUAGCGCCACAGCCCUUCGAUAUCGGCUUACGGAUGAUUCUGACUUAUUCUGCUGUACGUGUAUGUCAUGACAAAUUGCGAGCAAGCUACUCGAGUCUGCUCAGGAAUGUAUUCUUUGCUCCCGUGUAAAUGUAAUACAUCUAGCUUCUCUCUAAUAAAUGUAUUGUUCAUUUCUUACAUAGAAAGGCAAGAAGGCUGAAAUGGGAUUUUUAAAAAGUCAGUAAUAACAGGUAUGUGUUUCAGACUUUGCAAGGUGCUUUCCAGGCACAAUAAAGCAUGCCAUCUAGCCUCUUCUGAUUUGAAAUUCGUUUUUAAGGCGUCUGAUACAAAUAUUACUGACAUCUGGACAAAUCCAAGGUUUUAGUUCAAGCAGUAGCCUAAGGAUAAAGAGGUUAUAGCAUCAUCAGUGCAGUAUUAUAUCCACUUCAGGACAAAGACCUCAUCAUUUUUUUGCCAAAGAUUUCUGUUUCCAGCCACCAGUGAACAUCACCACACAUGUUUAGCAAAAGCUAGCAUUAUGUUUCUCCAUCUUCAGAGUAGUGCUUGUUUGCCCUUCUUUGGAAUGGAGAUUUCUUCUCGUCCAUCUCGCCUCCUACAGCAACUGAAUGAGCAGCGCAGGCAGGACUUAUUCUGUGACUGCAGUAUCCUGGUGGAGGGGAAGGUCUUCAAAGCACAUCGAAAUGUGCUGUUCGCCAGUAGCGGUUAUUUCAAAAUGCUCCUUUCUCAGAGCUCAAAAGACAUGAGUCAGCCAACAACUGCCACCUUUCAUAUGUUCUCCCCUGAUACUUUUAUGGUCAUUCUGGACUUUGUGUAUUCAGGCAAGUUAUCUCUUACUGGUCAAAAUGUGAUUGAGGUCAUGUCAGCUGCCAGCUACCUACAGAUGACAGAUAUCAUUAGUGUUUGUAAGACUUUCAUUAAAUCUUCACUAGACAUCAGUGAGAAGGAGAAGGAUCGCUACUUCAGUCUUUCAGAAAAAGAUCUGAACAGUAAUGGAACUGAGAGUCCAGGCUUAUAUAGCACAGAAUGGAGAGUAGAAAGCAGUCCCACACAUUCUCAAAUGGACUCUGACGUAGGGGUAUCUAUGGUGGGUGGAAAUUCCUGGAGUAAUUGCACCUACUACUCCGCUUCACAAAGGAACACCCAACGAUCUAACUUGAUCAAACAGACUCAAAGACGGCAUUCCAUAAAAAAACGUAUGAGGCAGCUUGGAUUGCCACAGUCCACUGACGUCCCCCCUGGUAAAUCAAGGAAACUUGGAGAUAGAGCUUCAGAGCCUACUAACCACAUUUCUCAAUCUGAAGAGCAAACUCAGCUUGAUACAGAAGUUGACUUUGCGGAUGCUGGGUAUCAACAUGGUCUGGGGUCAGAGGUGUUGCCAAGGAGCUUGCUAGAGACCCAGCAGGAGUAUGAAUCAUCUAGAUCAGCCAACAAGUCUAAAUCAUCAAAAGCAGAUGAGCUGUAUGCAAGUAUGCCCACAAUUUUAGGUGUUAUGGGGAGUUGGAUUGAAGAUGAUGUGAGGUUCAAGUGCCCAUUUUGUACCCAUAUGGUGAAGCGGAAAGCAGACCUAAAGCGUCACCUUCGUUGUCAUACAGGGGAGCGACCCUAUCCAUGUGAGGCAUGUGGGAAAAGAUUCACCAGGCUAGAGCAUCUGCGUAGCCAUUUUCGAACAAUUCAUCAGGCUUGUAAGCCAAUAUGCAGAAAGUGUAAGCGCCACGUGACUGACAUGACAGGGCAAGUGGUGCAAGAAGGAACAAGGCGCUACAGACUGUGUAAUGAAUGUCUGGUUGAAGCUGGCAUAGAAAGCAUUCCUAUUGACUUGGAGGCUGAACAAUCACUUGGGUUUUCACCAGAAGAGGACAAGGAUUCUAGGUGGCACUUUGGUGAAGAACACAGAACUAAGGAAGUUGUGGAGGAGGACUCUGUUGGCUUAGUCAUCCAGGAAGUUGAUGAUAGUGAAGAUGAGACUGAGAAAAAGGAAGUAAAGCCAAAUAUUAGUUAGUUGUGAAUUAAUUGAGAAUUAGUAAAUCUCACCAUUACAUUAAUUUUUUGUGUCUUGUCCAGGAAUCCCCAUAUCCCCAGACUCUGAUUAACAAGCAAAGUUCUGUCAUUAUGACUGUGAUACGAUCUUAUUUGCAUGCUUUGUAUUCUUCAAGACACCAAGAUCUGUGACAUUGGAAAGAAUUCCAAGACAGAAUAAUGAACAAUUCACCUUUGAACUACUAGAGGGAUGAAUAACUUUUUUAUUAAAAUAUUCCUUAAAGACUUUUAAAUGAAGGAAAAAAAGAUUAAAUUCUCACCAAUACUUGCUCUCUCUUUAAGAAACAUUACACCCUUUAAAAAGCAAUCAUUUUUGCACAAGUUCUAAGCGUAGUUACUCUUGUUCAUAUUUUUUCAUUGGAUGCAUUUUUCAUCCAGCAAAACAGAAUGAGAAUUAAAAUACUCUGCCACUGUGAAGCAGGAAGGGAAUUAGAGGUUUCAGAGUAGCAGCCGUAUUAGUCUGUAUUCGCAAAAAGAAAAGGAGUACUUGUGGCACCUUACUCACAAAUUUAUUUGAGCAUAAGCUUUCAUGAGCUACAGCUCACUUCAUCGGAUGCAUUCAGUGGAAAAUACAGUGGGGAGAUUUAUAUACAUAGAGAACAUGAAACAAUGGGUGUUACCAUACACACUGUAACUAGAGUGAUCAAGGGAAUUGUGUCACUCAAACUGCUCUGUAGCCAAGGGAUCCAUUAAACUUUUCUUAUGUUUUGUAUUUUGAAAGAAUCUCAGUAUAAGCAUAUGGUACUUUUAUUUUCUUAUUUUGAAAAAAUCUGUUACAACUCAUUCAUCAAAUUUAUCUUUCAAAUAAAUGAGUUUGUUAGUCUUCCUUA